GAAGAACAGAAAUAGAACAAACAGAAAAAAGAAGUUUUAGACACCUAACCUGACCAUCACUUCCAUGUGAAGAUCCUUGGGCUUGUCCUUCUGCUUUCCAGCUCCUCUCUUUCCUGAUCAGGUCAUCAUCAUGGCAUUAAACAACACAGCCAUCACACAGUCCUCUAUCACGCUCUCCAUCUCUCCAGCAUCACCCAACAACCUCACAUCCUCCUUCCCCAACUAUACCAUCUUCACCACAUCUCCAGCCACUCCCUCUGAGACCAUCAUGAGCAACAACAGUGGAGCUCUAGGAGGGGCCCUGAUCCUGACCCUCGUCUUCCUCAUAGGCGUUCCCGGCAACCUCUUCGUCAUCUGGAGCAUCAUGGCCCGAACGCGGCGCCGCUCCAUCACCACCACGCUCAUCCUCAACCUGGCCUGUGCUGACGGCUCUCUGAUGGCCCUGACUCCAUUCUUCAUCAUCUACCUGGUCAGGCAGGGCUGGGUCUUUGGACUUGCUAUGUGCAAGGUGCUGUUCUACCUCUGCUGCGCCAACAUGUACGCCUCCAUAUUCCUCAUCACACUAAUGAGCCUGCACAGGCUUGUGGCGGUGGUGUGGCCUCGGCACCUGAGAGGACUGACCUCUCAGAGGACAGUGGUGCGGGCGCUGCUGGUGCUUUGGUUUCUGGCCUUAGCCCUGGCUGUUCCCGUUUUGGUUUUCAGAGAACUGACUCAGAGGAAGACUAAGGAGACAAAUGUGACUGGCAUAAAAAGUCUGGUAUGCAGCUGUGAGCACCCCCAGCCACAAUAUGCUGUAAUGCAGUACGGUAUGGAGACGUUUCUAGGGUUUCUGCUGCCGUACGGACUGAUUUUGGGCAGCUACAUGUGCAUCCUUCGCAAAAUCCGCAGGACAAAGUUCAGAAGGCGGAUCCGCAGCGAGAAGCUAAUACUGACCAUCGUCAUUACCUUCUGCCUCUUCUGGCUUCCCUACCAUGUCAUCAACAUGGUGCAGGUGGUGGAGGCAUUGUCUCCUGAAGGUUCUCCUUUAAAAGAAAAACUUGGUCAUAUCUGGAGGUCUCUAAGGGCUCUCACAUCCACGGUGGCCUUCGUCAGCAGCUGCAUCAACCCCGUCCUCUACACCCUGGUGGGGAAGUCGUAUAUCCGGGCUGCGGGCGUGGCCUUCAUGGCGCGUCUCUUCGAGGCUGCAGGCCUCGACUCCACAUCGCGCAAAGUCCGCCAGAGCAGCCAGAACAGCCGGGACCGGGACAGAGAAAGGGCGGAGAGCGAGGAGCUCCGCAACAAAGAGAGCGACUCCACCACCAGCGGAAACACCAGCUCCAACAUCAAAGUCGUUCCCAUCACAAAUGGAAAGUAGUUGAAUGUGAAAAGCUAGUUACACACUUUCUUCAAAAAACAACAGGUUGUGAGAUUCGCUUCUGCUGUCUAUAACUGCGUUCUGUUACAGCAGCUACCUGUAUAAUUCUAAUUAAUUAUGGGGAUAGAAAAGCUUUACAGAACACUAGCAAAGUGGCGGAGGAAAGUGCCGGAUCCCCAGCUCAGAUACAUCAGCUAACAGAUGUCUGCGCUGACCAACAUCACCUUGGAUGGGAGUGAUGUGGGGGCAAAGAGCAAGACAAAGCAAGGCCAAUUGAGCUCGCUCAGACUCUGUCUGAUGAUGGAGAAGCAGAAUGAUGUGCGAUUCAAACCAGCGACCCUUGGAUCAUCAGAAUAUACAAUUUAACAAGAAAGGUCCUCCUAAAUUAAGUAUUUCUCAAGUUUAGAUCAUUGUAGUAAUAUUACAAGUGGUUAAGUAAUGCCUUAACUAAUUAUUAAUUGACACUUGUUAAGAUGCUAUUGAACAUUACUAAAUUUUAAGGCUUAAGAAUGAUGUAAAUAAUAAUCAAUCGAGACUCUAGAUUAAAAUGUGUAAUGAUGAAUUAUGUCUUAUCUAAUGUCAAUUAAUAAUUACUUAAACAUUAUGUCAUGAGUGAUAUUAAUUAAAGUACCUUCACUUUAAAGUAACUGUUACCCGUUAAACAUUUAUGUACAGAGCUCUGGAAAAAAAUAAGAGACCACUUAAAAAUGAUGAGCUUGAUUUUAUGAUGCUUUGAUUUUACCAAAUUGAAAACCUUUGGAAUAUAAUCAAGAGGAAGAUUGAUGAUCACAAGCCAUCAAACCAAACUGAACUGCUUUAAUUUUUGCACCAAGAGUAAAGGCAUAAAGUCAUCCAAAAGCAGUGUGUAAGACUGGUGGAGGAGAACACGCCAAGAUGCAUGAAAACUGUGAUUAAGAACCAGGGUUAUUCCACAACAAUAAUCUUCAUUUUACUUAAACAUAUAACUAUAAAUAGCACACUCUGAGAAACUGUUUCAAAAACUGAAGUGGUCUCUUAACUUUUUUUCAGAGCUGUAUAUAGCAUAACUAGAAACUAAGGAUGACACAGUACCACCUUCACUUUUUUGACUGUUUUUUUAUGUUAGUAUAAAGUUAAAUUAAAUAGAGCAGUUUUUAGAUAAAGCAUUCAGAUUUUUGCCAACAUUCUGGAAAGCUUUUCUAACCUUAUUACUAAGUUCUACAGAGCUUUUUGAUACAUCUGCUAUACUUGAUAUUAGUCCUAUUUAACAAUUCAUUAUGCCUCCUUUGGCCUCCAGAACUGCAUGAAUUCGUCUGGUUAUGGAUUCUAUAAUUGUAAAUGGAUCUAUUUGCAUUGCUCAACUGCUGGAAACUCUACCAGAAGAAACACUGCUCACACCCUCCCACUGACCUGCACUGCUGACCCCAAAGAGGAGGAUUCCCUUGACUCAUGCUGGUUGCGCUAAAUUCCCAUCAUCCCUGUGAUGUAAAAGGCUGCAAGGGACUUCAGAUGUGAUUUGCCUUAUGUUAUGGCCCGUCUGUUUGCUCGUGUGAUUUUCCCUGAUUAUUCUAUGGCUCUCUAUUGUUGUCUUUGUAUCCACUGUUAUAUUCAGUUCUCUCUACAGAAAACCCUGAGAACAUCAGUAUGUAAAUAAGUAAAUCACUUAUUUUGCCAAUUUUAACUAUCAAUGGAUCACUAUCUGAUGCUAGAGACACUGGUCUGCCUCAUUUAGAUCACACAUAAGUCACAUAAUGUAUGGUAUAUAGUCGUGUACAGUUUGUGUGAAUCUAAAUUUCUGCAUAAUUUCUUAGUGGCUUCAUUUCUGACUUUAUUUCAGUAGAAUGGAAAAGAAUAGAAUCAUUGUGUCCAAUUUAAUCUGCAGUCACACUGUAAUGUGACAUUUCAGAACCUAUGCAGACAUUUUUAAACUUUGUGUGGAACAUUAAAAGUAAUGCUUCAUCAGUCAAAAA